AUGCUGAAGGUGUCGGGGGAAGCGCUGGCGGGAGAGGAUGGAUUUGGGAUCUCGCCGGACGUGGUGAAGUCGAUCGCGAGCGAGGUGGCGCAGGCGGCGAUGUCGGGGAUCGAGGUGGCGGUGGUCGUCGGCGGAGGCAACUUUUUUCGAGGCGCCGAAAAGGAAGGAAACGGGUUGGAUCGCGCGAGCGCGGACUACAUGGGGAUGCUCGCGACGGUGAUGAACUCGUUAAACUUGCAGGCGGCGAUCGAGUCCAAAGGGGUGCCGACGCGAGUGAUGAGCGCGCUCGAAAUUAAGGAAGUGGCGGAGCCGUACAUUCGCCGUCGCGCGAUUCGACACUUGGAAAAGGGUCGAGUGGUCAUCUUCGGUGCGGGCACGGGGAACCCUUUCUUUACCACCGAUACCGGCGCCGCGCUUCGUGCGGCGGAAAUUAACGCGCAGUGCGUCUUGAAGGCGACCAAGGUGGACGGCGUGUUUGACAGCGAUCCCAAGAAGAACGCCAACGCCAAACUCUACAAGACGCUGACGUACGAAACCGUCCGUCGUCUCGGCUUGGGCGUCAUGGAUCAAACUGCCAUCACGCUUUGCGAAGAGAACGAUAUCCCAGUCGUCGUAUUUAACAUCGCGCACGACGGCAACAUCGUCAACGCGCUUCGCGGUUGCAGCGUGGGCACGUGUGUUGGCUCGUCCGACAAGUGCUCGGACACGUGCGAGGAAUAG